CUUUUCCUUCCAGCCUAUCACAAAGUACAAGUAGCAUCCGAUGGUGGCGCUCUACGCGUACAGUAACGAAACUGCAGUAAGUCGUCGUCUGCAGUGUUAACAUGAUAGAUGGUUAUUGGUUUCCUCGGCUCUCGACAGAUUACGUAAAAUCACACUAGCUACUCACUAUCGGGCCAACUUUACCCACGCUCUUUUGCCAUUUAUAAAAUUAUUCCUGUCCGUUUUUUAUUUCUUUAACUCUACUGCAUGUAAAUGCCGGUUGGCAAUAUGAAAGACAUUUAGUGAACUAAAUCACUUAAACUGCGGUUAAAGUAUGUCAUCAGUAAAACACACGUGUCCAUAAAAGUUUAGGCAGCGCACACCAACAGUGCUAAAUCAAAGGGUAUCACCACAUCCCUUUCCGCAGUUGAUAUUUGGCAACUGAUAAGAGAUGGUAUGGCCGUGAGUGACGUACAGAUGUCUCGUCUGCUGAAACUUGCGCACAAAUUUAAUUGCUUUUAUUUAACAGGUUUGCAUAAAGGAGACUGUCGUCCCUUUAUUGUUGAGGGACAUCAGGUGGGUCUGGUCAGGCCUGAUGUUAUGCAGCAUCUUCAUCACUAUCCUGAUGUAUUUCAUAUUCAGCCCGAUGCCGUCGAACUGAAUCCUGCCUUCAGAGAUUAUGGGGAACGGAGUGACAGAGUGGAAGCAGUACUGAAAGACUGUCGUGCAAACAAUAUAUUUAUCGCACUUAAAGGUUGGCGUGAAGAGUGUUAUGAAGUUUGUGCUGCAUAUGCAUCCAAAGCGCUUCUUAAGAUGGACCGUUCAGCCACUUGUUUAUUUGGAAUUCGUAACUAUGGUGUUGACAUUAAUGGGUAUGUGAGGCAUCCAGAGAAGGGACUGUGCCUUUGGUUGCAGCAGCGCUCAGCAACAAAGCAAACAUGGCCUGGAAAGUGGGAUAAUAUGGUAGGUGGUGGCCUUUCUGUGGGUUAUACUAUAAUGGAAACUGCCAUAAAGGAAGCAGCAGAAGAAGCUUCAAUACCCCUAGAACUGAUGAAGAAUCUGAGGCCUGCUGGAUCUGUUUCGUUUUUCUUUGAAAGUGAAAGAGGGCUUUUCCCAAACACAGAAUUUGUCUUUGACCUGGAAUUGCCUUUGGAUUUCGUUCCUUUCAAUAGUGAUGGUGAAGUGCAAUGCUUUCAGCUACUCCCUGCAAUGGAUGUCCUUGAAAAAGUUUUCUCUCCAGACUUCAAAACAACAAGUUGCCCAGUAAUAGUUGAUUUUCUUAUUCGACAUGGCCUGGUCUCAAUUGAAAAUGAGCCAAACUUGCCUCAAGUUGUGGAACUGCUUCAUGUGCCACUUCAGACCAUCUACAGAUCAUGCCAGUACCAGCCUCCAGCUACAAAUGGUCAAGACAUUUCUGCAUAGCCUCCAGCUGUAGCAUAUGUAUUUCUUCUUCUACUUGUAUAAAAACUGGAGAUGUUAGAUGAAAGAGAAGUAGUAUUUUGCAAAAUAAAAUCACUUAACGAGUUUUACAAAUAUCUUGCUUAUGUUAUUAAUCUGUAUGAUUUUGUACAUCAUAAUAGAAAAUGUAUUUUAUGUACAAAACCAAUUAUCAGUAUUAGGGAUGUUUUAGAACAUUGGGAGACUUUAUUUUUCUGGUGUUCAUUGUUCAGAAUUAUCAUUGUUCAUAUUAUUAUAAUCUUUACAUUUAUUGCAUUAUGUGGAAAAUAUGGGGAGCAUCUUUUGUACAGUAGCUAUUUAACUAAAAGAACAAGAGGAGCAAGUGCAGGAAAAGAUUAGUGCAAAUAAUUGAUUGUGAGAUGUAAUACGUAUGUGACACAAAAGUGUCUCACAACAUGUAACAGCCUUAAAAGUUAAUCAACUUCAUUUCAUGGGUAAGAUUAGAGAAAAGUAGUUAACCUAGUGUCCAAGAAAUUAUUAAGUUAUGUGGCAUUAAUAACAUCUGGUGUGAAGCUCAAAAUUUGAUACCUUGAAUGACCAAGCUUGUUUUAUUUUUGAGAUUAAGAGAUGUUGUUUUUAUAGUGCACAAAUAAUAUAGAACUAAAUAUAAGAAACCUUCAUAGUUUUUCACAUUUCAUGUGAUGGUAAACAAGAUAAUAAUGUAAUGUGAACUUCUAUUAGUAUAUGGAGUUUAAUGCAAAAGGAUGGAAGAUCAGGGACAAAAUCUCUAUCAUCUAGGUGAUAGAAUGCAUAUCGGCCUUUCUGUUCUAUGUUUGUAUGGUGAAGGAGAAAGGUGUUUAUUUUUGUGUAUGUGGUUUUAGAUGAAUUCCUCAUUGGACCAUAAAAAUAGCUGUUCUCAUUAAUUUUAUGAACAAUUAUGAAACUGUAAUCAUGUCUGAUAAAUCAGUAUUAAUGGCCAAAUAAACAGAGGGGACAAUAAUAUUAAUUUUAGUUUAUGUGCAAAGUAUUAUGAUGUUUUGUUGUUAUUGUAAGUUAUGAGUAGGAUUAAGUCAGAAAGUUAUAUCAAAAAAGCGUACAGUCACUGUCCAAUAUAAUACUUUCAUUAAAUGUCUCCUCUACUGUUAUUGUACAGUGUUUUGUAGGCCUAAAAAGUACUAGCGGUGCUCUUACUUGAUGUUUAAAACUGAUGAGUUCUUCAUGUGAAGAUGAUAUAAAACUUGUAUUCUUGUUCAUGUGUCUGCCAUUUUACACAUCCCUAUGAUGGUUCUCAUAUGUUUGUGAGAGUUUCUACUGUCAGUCAAAAAAUCAUAAAGUCAGUUUUAAUAACUCUCCAAGACCAACAUGAAUUUUUGAUGGUGUUGUGCACUACAUGUAUACUGUACAUUUGCUGAGAACUUUAACAGAUUUAUAUGUAAUGUAUGCAAACAAAGAUAUGUAAAUUAACUCAUUUGAACGGGCACAGGCAGAGUCUUCUUAUUUAUCAAAAAUUAUUCCACUGAUGCUUCUAAUAGAACUGCUGCCACACAACUGAUCAUAUGUAAUGUUAAAUAGUUCGUGAGGACAAAUUGAAAUUUGUGGCGUGGCAGAGAGAUGGAGUUAUGCAAUUAAAUUUGCUUUUUAUUAUGCUGAUAUACAACAAAAUAUGUCAAGUUUAUAUUCAUAAGGUUUUGUUUGUAUGACUUUUCAGAGUAUUUAGUUAUUAAUAUCCCUUUCAGAUAGACAAACUAAAAUACUGCAUGGUCAUACUUUUUUCUUCGUUUUGGAUGGUGUAUUUACAACAGAAAUCCAUCCAAAUUUGGUGAAUAUUUAUAAGGAGGUUGCACCUUCAUUUCAGCAGCUAAGAAAUGGGUUGCUAUCUUCAAACACAAUUGUGUUACUCUUGAAGGUGAUUUGUAUGACUUAGGAAAAAGCUGAUGCCAUAGAUGUAUCAGAGAAAACAGUGUAACAGAUUCUACGCCAAGAAUUAACUGUGAAAAAGCUUUAUGUAGUAGAGGUGUUGCAAUCAGAGGAAUGUAUGGAAGCUGGUGGUCUUGCACAAAAAAUGACAAAUUUGUAUUGAUGUGCCAGAAAGACUAUGGCCAUUAUUUUCUGGGAUUCAAAAAUAAUCCUCUUAUUAUUAUGUGAGGGCCUAAAUAAUAAUUGGUGAACACUAAAAACUCUUUGGGACUAAUUAAAGGAAGAAGUCUCAGAGAAGAAACCAGCACUGCAAAAAGGAGAGAGAAAAUCUCCUUUCUUCAGGACAAUGCAAAUUUCGUUAAAUGGUUUUGGCACUGCGAAAACUGUGGGAUUUGUUGGAAAAUUAAUACUACUCACUAACCUCUUCCAUAUAUUCCCACAUUAAAAAAUACUUAUUGUUAGAAAACUUUUUGAGAGCUAGGCCUAUAAAGAUUCUAUAGCAGUGAAUAUUGACAUUUUACAAAUCUAGCAGAAUCACACUGCAGUGAUGAAAUCUAUUCAGUAGACAAAUGUUGGAACAAAAUACAUUGAUUUAACAUGGCAGUAUGUCACCCUCUUGUACACACAUUUUGUCAUUUUCAUGGAAUGUUGCUAUACACUGUAUGACAUGAACUAUUUUUGCACUGUAAAAUCACUGAUUUACUGCAGAUUCUAUAACUUUUAUGAGCUGUUUCAACUCUUCUAUUUCAUUUUACAAAAUUUGACUUAUUAAAUGGUUUUGUGUACUCCCAUGAGAAGUAUUGAGUAAAUGAAAUGGCAUUUUGUGUGCACUCCAUGUUCUUUGUGAAAUGUAACAAAUAAUACAAAGCAGCUUUUCAGUUUACAACUUAUAAUUGGAUAAAGUCCCACAAGAGGAUUUAUUAUUUUGUUGUUAAAUCAUAGACAUAUAUUUAUGUUAAAAGAAGUCAUUGUUCUGCGGAAGCUUCUUUGACAUGCCCUAUGAGAUACGCUGAAAAUUUGGUCAAAAUUGGCUAAUAGUAGGAAAUAAAAUAUAAUACAUAAAUACAGCCCCUGCAGAAUGGCACCUCCUUUAACCUGUUUCUCAGGAUUGUGGACCCCCAACUGAAAGGAAAUUACAGUAUAUAUUUUAUAAAUGGAUAGAUAAAAAAAAUCUCACUACCCAGCGGUAGGGGAACACACACACAAAACGGUUGAACUUUUACAAGCUUUCGGAGCCAGUGGCUCCUUCUUCUGGCACGAGAGUUGAAGUGGAAGGAAGAGGGAUAAAGGAAAAGGACUGGAAAGAUUUAGGGAAAGUUGUCCAGAACCCCAGAUCAGGGGAGACUUACUGUCUGGUAAGUCUCCCCUGACCUGGGGUUCUGGGUGACUUUUUUGAACUACACCCCUUUCCCUAAACUUCUCCAGUCCUUUCCAUUCACUGCUCUUCCUUCCCCUUCAACUGUUUUGUCAGAAAAAGGAGCCUCUGGCUCCGAAAGCUUGUAAAAGUUAAACACUUUUGGGUGUGUGUGGGGUAUAACAUGUGACAGUGCAUAUCUUGAAAAACAAUAAAUUUUUAUACCAACAACUACUAAGAAAAUGAAUGUGCCAGGAAUGAAAUGUUUCAAAUUAUUUUUCUUUAUCUGAAUGCCAGCACUUAUUUUUGUCACAUGGAGAUAAGUGACAUGUAGCCAGACUGUAUAACACACUUUAUAAAUUUUUUUUAGCUUUUCUUGCAGUUUGUGAAAAACUAUAAUUUAUGGCGUAAUCACAGUCACAAAGUUCCCAUUUAUUUACUGUGCAUGAGACUUUCUGAAUUUUUAUAGAAGUUUUUUUUCUGUAUGGCAUAUCUCUUUUUUUCAGAGACUCAGAAAGCCAGCCACAUCCAGUGACUGCGCUAUUGAAGAAUUUUUAUGUUAUUAGCCAAAACAGACUUCAAAAUGUCACGUAUGCAGUUAUUUUCCUAUCAUUUUCAUGUCAUCAAGUUUAUCUUGAAACAUAGUUGUAUGGUGAGGAUGUAGUGUGUGCUGGUCCACACAAAUUGUUGAUAGAACUUUGCAGGCUGUUUAUUAGGAACAUACCUCUGUUUUGUGUAGAUCACUGACACAUUGGUUUAUUUUAUUACAUUUCAGUAUGUAAAAUCUUAUUUGAAAGAAAGGUAAUUGUGUCUUUUCAGUUGAGUAUUUCUGCAGAAUUCCUCAUCCUCUUCAUUAAUUGACUUUCCCAAACACCUGAUGAAGAUGGUGAAUAUUUCAUUGAAAACGUGUACAAAAAUCUUACAAGAAAUCUGCAAUAUGAAAGCUCUCCAUUAACAUAGCUGAUAAAUACAAAAAUCCAGACAGCCAAAUGUCAUGUUGUCUAGUCUGGUAACUAAACCAAGUGGGUAGGUGCAAUUGUUAAGGCAUUGGACUUGCAGUCAUGACGAGUGAGGAUGGUACAACUGACAUUCUUUUCCCACAGUUGUCCAUUCCAAGUUUGAGUUAAAGAUUUCAUCAGUUAGGGAUGUUAAAGUCUAAUCCCCCUUCUUUCUGGUAAUGAAGUUACGUCUUGUUUGGAAUAUCUACUAUAUUAUGAAAAGGAUAGGUUGGUAUCCACUGGAAAGACGAUACGUUGAGUUGCAGACAGGCACGACAGACUAUUACACUUUGAGAUUUUGGCCAAAGCCAUCUUCAUAAAACUAAACACACACACAUUCACUGAAGCAAGCACACCUUGUGCACACAUGACUGCUAUCUCUGUCCAGAAUCUGCUAAAUCUGUUUCUAGCUAGAGUGACAGGAGAUAGCAGUCAAGUGUGUGUGAGGUAUGCUUGCCUGUGUGAAUGUGUGUGUGUUUUAUUUUCUGAAGAACAUUCUGGCUGAAAACUCACUGUCAAUUUUUAUCUUGACAUACAGUUUCAUGUUAAAAAAAGAUGGUACUACUUACUGUUAAUGUGUCCACCUGAAAUUUGAGGUUUUUUUGUCUACUUCAGUUAUAUUUUUCGCACUCUUGUGCAUAGAAAUCUUACCUAAACACAGGAAAUGUGUCACAUUAAUCGUACACCAUGCUAAUCAUAAAUCCUGCAAUAAAACACAGUAACAUAAUUUGUUGUUUCCAUUGUGAAUCUAAACAGAGGCUAUUCAGUAAUAAUUUAGUACAUAAGCAAUGCCAGAUGAAUUGAUGUGUUGUUUACAAAUUCACAAAAGAUUUAUUAUUUUAAGCUGUUUAUGACUUGUAUAUCUGUUACAUCUGGAAAUGAAACAAUGUUUAGUUAUUCUCUGAAUCUAAUGAUACUCAAGUCCAGGAUUAAAAGUAGUGCAGCGCCACAUAAACAUUUGGCUGUAUUAGAAAUUUUCCUAUUUACAGCACACUGUUAAGCUGUAGGAAGUUAUGUAUGGACAGUGGCUUUUAGAAAACUUCAAGAAGUAAAUUAUGUAGAUUAAGCAUUUUAUAUCAAGCUUUAGCAGGCUAUCAUAAAUGCAAUAUCUGAACAGCUGAUUUCAGUGCAUGUUUUAAAUUCAGUGGUGGGUAUUUCAUAACCCAGCAGAGCAGAGAUUUUGUAUCAACAAUCAACAAAUUCCUAAUUAAUGCAUUGUUUUUCACACGAAGUUCAGGACCUGUUGUGACAAAGAUUGAAUAUGUGUAAAUGGUACAUAUUUGUAAAGAGAGGGCGAUUUUAUUUUGAGUUGUGAAUAAGUUGUUCAUUUUUGUCCUCAUCUAGUUACCCAUAACCUUUAACUUGAUUACAAUAUACUUUUUAGAUUGUAUUAAAAAUUAAACCAAGUUUUUCAGAAGGAAUGAACGCAUACCAACUAAUAAAGUAUUAGUUAUUCUGAUGUAAUACUAAAAACUUAAGCAUUUAUGCAUGAAAGGAUUACAAUGACUUUAAGAAAUUAGGAUUUGUGGAAGCAUCAUUUAAAUAAACAGAUUUUUCUGUAGUUUCUAAGAUGCAGUAAAAUCCUUAAACACAAAUGUACACAAAGCUUUGUAACGGAGUGUUUUCUCCCCUUAUUACAUGUUUGAAACAGGCAGUUGUGUUGUCAGCGCAAUGAGGUCCCAAUGUUGUCACAUGACUACCACAUCAAAUAAGUGCCUCAUAAUUAUUCAGCUAGUGUGUUCCAAAAAAAAAGAAAGAAAAUAGUGUACGGGAAGUUCUGGUUGAGAAUUA